UGUGAUUACUCUUCUUUUCAGGAUUCUUGUCGUGAGAUAGUUUGCUCACAUGGCCAUAUUUUGAUCAACAAUGACUGUAGACAUGAAUUUGAAACUAACGGAAAUGUUCUGUAUCAUCUAACCUUCAAUGUUGCGGUCUCCAAAUUAGAAAAAAGGACGGCUUUAGUAAAAGAUGCCAGCACGUAUCAAGCACUUGCCUUAAAUCUAGAUGUCAUUGAAAUUGCGGACAUUUGUGCCAUUAUCCAAGACGUUAUUCGGUAUCAGCUGAACGAGACCAUUUCAUACUCUUUUACAGAUUGUAAAGUGAGGACAGACACGAUUUGCUCCGAAAACACUAUUUCAGAAAUAUUUAUUGGCUCAAAUAUUGAAAUUAAAAUUAAGAUAAUCAUUCAUUUUACUAAAUCUUUAUCUGUAGUUGAAAAUAAGCUUAUUUGGUCAUUGGAAAGCGCACCAAGUACUUUUAUUGUAGGCCAGUCCGGUGUUCAAUUAUUUUAUUUGCGUCGUUAUCGAAAUCUGCAUUUACAUUUUUGUUUUAGAGUAAGCUAUGAUAAUGAUAGUACUUUUAUUUCAAAAGAAUUUAUUGUCAGCAAACUUUUGACUUGUCCUCAAAUAGAGCUUUUUGAAAAUGAGUACGAAAUUGAUAAUGUUUCAAAUACUUUACUACUUCUGAAUACCAAAAAUAAAGUUGAGGAUUAUGAUAUAUUAGAUGGGCGAGUAAGAAUUUGUUUAGAAGAUUUUAAAGCAAAUGUCCAAAAGGUAUUACAGAUACCAUUACUUCAAAAAAUCUAUAAAGUUUUUGAUAAUGUCUGCACUAUUCUAUCAUUGCUGGCUAUAUUGCUUGCUUUCAUAACUUACCUAAUUUUCCCAUCUCUACGGACAGUUCCGGGCAUAAAUAAUAUGAGUCUAAUAUUUUCACUAUUCUUUGCCCAGUUAACCCUUAAAUUUGGAAUCUGGCAACCAACAGAUAUGAUUUUUUGCCCUGUGGUUGGAAUUAUGAUCCAUUUCUUUUGGCUCGCUACAUUUUGUUCAAUGAACGUUUGUUCUUUUCAUAUGUACCGCGUAUUUAGUUCCAAAUCUGUAUUUUUGUUUGUGGCAUCUCGGAAAACAAGCGUGUUGUAUCUUCUUUACACGUACCUGUUACCCGUUUUGGUUAUUGUAUUAACAAUAUGUAUACAUCUGGCACUGUCUGAUGGGGAUGACUUUGGCUAUGGCAGAACCAUUUGUUUCCUUACACACUACAUUUCUAUAAUAAUAUCUUUUAUAUGCCCUUGUGUUUUUGUUUUCCUGUUGAAUAUCCUGUUCUUCUUGAAAACAGUUUUUUCAAUGAACAGGAUCUUGAGCGAUCCGCAAUUAGAACGUUCAUCUGAAAGGCGUGAUGUUUUUGUGUAUAUGCGUCUAUCAACCCUUCUUGGUAUCGCUUGGCCCCUUUUGAUUGUUGACGCGUUCUUUAAAAUGUCGGUAUUCUCGUUCAUUGCGCUUACUUUCAACACUUUGCAAGGUUUUUUUGUCUUCAUUUCUUUUGUCUGUAACAAGCGAGUUCUAUUUUUGUAUAAGUCUUGUAUAUUUGGAGGAAAGGCUUCACAAAAAAACUUGACCAUGAAAACAACCGCACUUUAAGCAGUCUACAGCUUUUAUUUUCUGUAAGAAAAUUAGAAAAACAAUGCUUUGUUGUUUCAAAUUAAGUAUUUCAGUAAUUUUAUGUUGAAAAAGUGCAUCAUACCACUGUUAAACAGCGUCCCGAUAUCUAUUUAAUUAAAGCGCGUCAGUGACGUUCGUUUCUAAAAAUAGAAAAUGGGAAACUAGUCGACCGCUUUACUUAUUCCCUGCGGUCUGGAGACCGCAGGGUAUUGGUACGCGUUUAACUUUUGAGGCAUGGAGGAGCACGUGACCUGUUUUCGGUACAUGGAGGAGCAUGUGAUCUGUAAACCGUAUAUGAUUGGUUAAUUGACCUUUUCGAAAACCCAGCAAAAUACCGUUAGCCGGUACGUUACGGAUUCACCUGUAGGGAAUUAGUCCGAAUUAUACCUAAUUGAGAACAAAAAACUAUUACGUGAUAUUUCUAAUUUUCUAUAAUUAUUUUACCGUUUAAGGUGAAAAAACUUGAAUGAUGUGUUUGAAAAUUAUCAAUGUUUCCUUAAUAUCUAUCUCAAAUUUUACAAACAAUAAAUUGUUUAAACUGAAAAUCUACAAAAUUAAAAUAUUCGUAGUGGCAUCUGCCAUAAUAAAUAGAGAUAUUUUCUGCGUAAACUUGUGUGUUUACUUAAUUUAUUUUUUGCUCGGAAUUAUUCAUUUAAUGGUAGGCCUAUUUAA